AUGGCGUUCCCGAGGCCCAAGCCCACUACAAUGGAGACGCUCGCUGUGGAGCGCGCAGACCCACCAUUCAACGUACGCAAGCUUGCUAUCAAGAUGCACGGCUCUGAGCGAGCCCUUCUGCUGAAAGAAAAGUUCAUGGCCGAAAUCGCCCGUCACCCCGCUUUCAAAUUGUCGGAUAUACACGAUCUCAGCAAGGAAGAGCUGAGGGAAAGGACUAUGGAAAAGUUUUCGUCGAUGGUGUACUUUGUGACGACCGAGAGUCUGGAGGUGUUUGGGCUCAGGAUGCAGCUAAUCAGCAUGGCUGAUCCUUCAUUCUGGACACGCUUUGGAGUUGCCUAUGGUCUUUUUCUAGGAGCACUGCGCGGCGGAGCAACCCCCAACCAAUUUAGCUAUUGGAUCGAUAAAGGCGUUCUUGGGCUUAACGGAGUUAUUGGAUGUUUCGCCAUGACCGAGCUUGCUCACGGCUCCAAUGUCGCCGGGCUCGAGACGACUGCGACGUUUGAUAGGGAGACUGAUGAGUUUAUCAUCCAUACGCCGCAUCUUGGAGCGACAAAGUGGUGGAUUGGGGGAGCGGCGAGUACGGCGACGCAUGCGGCGGUGUUUGCGCAGAUGAUUAUUGAUGGGAAGAAGCAUGGGGUGAAGACGUUUGUGACGCAGUUGAGGGAUACCAAGACGUUCCAGCUCUUGCCUGGUAUCACUAUUGGAGAUAUCGGAAAGAAGAUGGGUCGGGAUGGUAUUGACAAUGGCUAUAUCCAAUUCACCUACGUCCGCGUCCCUCGAGCUCAUAUGCUCAUGAAGCACACCCAAGUAUCCCGAGAGGGUGCCGUCACCGAGCCUCUCCUCGCCCAGCUUACUUAUGGCGCUUUGCUCGCUGGAAGAACGACCAUGGUGACCGACUCUAGUACCACUGCCAAGAAGGCUUUGACCAUCGCUAUCCGAUACGCUGCUGUUCGACGUCAGUUCUCGACGGGUAAGAACGAAGUCGAGACUCAGCUGUUGGAUUAUCCCAUCCACCAGCGUCGUUUGAUCCCUCUUGUCGCUCAAGCCGUUGCUAUCGGAUUCACUGGACUCCGACUCACAAAGAUGUACGAGGACAUGACCCAGGCUCUCGAUACCAUGGACCCUUCGGACCCCAACCUCGGAGCCACCCUCGACAAGCUCAAAGAAACCCACUCCACUUCUGCCGGUCUCAAGGCGUUCUGCACAUGGGCGUGUCUAGACACUAUCGACAAGUGUAGACAGUCUUGUGGAGGGCAUGGGUACUCUGCGUACUCCAACUUUCCGGGAAUGUACGCGGACUUUGCAGUGCAAUGUACUUGGGAGGGCGACAAUACCAUUUUGAGUCUGCAGGCUGGACGUUCGCUCGUCUCCGCUUGGGGCGAUGCGAUGAAGGGCAAGAAACUCGUCUCCGGCGUCGCCUUCCUCAACGACCGCUCCGUCCUCACCGCCACAUCCGACUCUUCUCUCUCCCUCACCGACAUCCAACGCGCCUGGCACUGCGUCGCCGCCAACGUCAUCAAAAAGGCCGCCGAAGAGUACCUCUCCCUCAUGAAGGAUGGCAAGACCAAGGAGGAGGCUAUGGAGGCGUGUUCGCAGUCGAGGUUUGUGGCGGCCAAGGUGCAUGUGAUUGGGUAUAUCUUUGGGAUGUUUAGGGAGGCGGUGGAGGAGUCGGGUAAGGGGCCGGAGACGGAGGUUUUGGAGAGUGUUUGUAAGCUGUAUGGGCUUUGGCAGAUCGAAGAGCAGCAGGGGUACUUUUUGAAGUACGGCUACUACACCCCCGAGCAGAUCGACAAGGUCCAAAUUGCCGUCUCUGCUCUCUGCGCCGACGUGCGUACCGUAGCCGUCCCCCUCGUCGACUCUUUCGCCCUCUCCGACCAUAUCCUCAACUCUCCCCUCGGCAAAUACGACGGCUCCGUUUACGAGUCCUACUUUGCCCAAGUCCAAGCGGCCAACCCGACUCCAAAGGUCCAUCCGUACUUUGAGAGGCUGAUUAGGCCGUUGUUGGAGAGGCAGAACGAGGAGAUGCAGGAUCCGGGGAGUGAGAUGGGGUUGGACGAGGAGCUUGGGGCGUUUGCGGCGGAGAGGAAGGAGGCUGCGAAGGGCAAGCUUGGGAAGGUUAGGCGGGAGGAGGAGUGA